CCAUUCAAUCUUCAGGCUCUCAACUCUGUUUCGGAUCACCCCACUGUGGUGUUUGAAUAUUUUAUUCAGUUUGAGCGUGAAGAAGGUACACUAGAGCAACUUGACAAAGCGCUUGAGAAGGUGAAUGCCCAAGCUGCACAUCGUGCGAGCCGGCAACAAUCGCAGAAGCUAAAGGAAGAGUCAUCGGCUAAAAAGGAUCACGCAAAAGAGAAACGUGGUUCUGCUAAAGCAGGAGAUUCUAAACCGUCUCCUCGUAAGAGACCUGGUCAGGAGCCGGAUGAAAGCCCUCCAGUCAAAAAACAGAUGCAGGACCUCUCAGUUCAGGCGGUCAAUCCAACGUCCUCGGCGUCGAAUUCAGCUGAUCAACCCGCUGAGUCAUCUGCAACUAGCACAAAUGAAAAGAAAUUUACAUUGUUUGUCUCAAAUCUUGAUUUCAAAACAACUCCUGAACAAGUCCAGGAGGUUUUGGAAGGUGCAGUUGAAGUACGGUUAGUCUAUCGUGGUAUGAGCAAACUUACGAAGGGAUAUGGCUUUGUUGAUAUGGAUUCCGAGGAGAAUUAUCGCAGAGCACUUGCGAAUGAUCGAAUGCCUCUUAAUGGAAGGCCGAUGCUGAUCUCUGUUAGCGAUCCCGAAAAGCGCGUUGGCUUC